AUGACAAUAUUAUCUACUAAAAAACCUGUAAAUAAUAAUAAAGAUGCUUCAUCAAAUCAACAACAACAACAACAACAACAACAACCACCAGCACCACCAAUAACUAGAGCUCGUUUAUCACAUGAUGAUGAACAUUCUAAUGUAACAAAUUCUCCAGUAAAUCUAAAUCAAGAUCGAAAUGAAAUAAAUGUUGAAUCAGGAGCAGCAUCUUCAUCUGCAACAACAACAACAAAUAGUUUACAUUCAAUGAUAACAACAUCAUCAUCAUUAAAUUUUCCAAAUAAUUCAAAACGUAAAUCACAUAAUCAUAAUCAUAAUCAACAUUUUCAUCAAACAAUAAAUAAACAAGCUAGACGACGACAUACGUCGUCAAUCGAUGGAACUCUUUCAGCUAAUUCUAAUAAUAGUUCAUCGAAUGAAGAUGAUUUAAUUGAAAAUAAUGCAUCAUCAUCAUCUUCAUUAAUUACAACAGUUAAUAAUCAAAAUUUGAAUGAUGUUGAUCAAUGUAAUAGUGAAGAUGAAUAUGAUCAUUCAACAAUAAAAUAUGAUCCAAAUAAUCUCAAUGAACUUGAAAUGCAUUUUAUUCGAGCUUUAAAAGAAAAAAAAGGUUUUACAAUUAAACGUGUUCAAGAAGAUGGUGCAUGUUUAUUUCGAGCAGUGUCUGAUCAAGUAUUUGGUGAUGAAGAAAUGCAUUUAACAGUACGUCAAAAUUGUAUGGAUUAUAUAGUAAAAAAUGCAGAUUUCUUUCGUGAAUAUAUUACAGAAGAUUUUGAUCGUUAUAUAUCAAGAAAACGUCGACAAAAUUGUCAUGGAAAUCAUAUUGAAAUGAUUGCAUUAUCAGAAUUAUAUAAUCGACCUAUUGAAGUUUAUGAAUAUAGUACAGAACCAAUUAAUACUGUACAUGGAAUGUAUAAAACAGAUAAUGAACCAAUUCGUUUAAGUUAUCAUUCUAGUAUACAUUAUAAUUCAAUAAUUGAUCCUUGGAGACCAACAGCUGGUCAUGGCCUUGGAUUACCUGAUCUUGAACCCGGCCGCGCUCAAGAAUCAUUGAUUGUCACCGCAUUACGUCAGUCCGAAGAGAGUCAUAUUGAACGAGCUAUGCUCGAUGAUAAAUUAGCGGCUACAGAUUGGGAAGCAACACAAGAUGAACUUAUACAACAAAUUGCAAGAGAAUCCUAUUUAGAAUGGUUAUGUGAUAAAAAUCAACAACAACAACAUAACGAUAAUAAAAUGACAUCAUCAACAACAACAUCAGAGAGAAUUAAUAAUACUACUGAAGAAAAUUCAUCAAAAAAUUUCUUGCCAUUAAAACUUGAUGAACGAAAAGAUUGUGAAUUUUCCUUACCAUUUCACUAUGAAGAUGCUACUUUAUCAAAUCAUGAUCUUGAUAAUGAUGAUGAUGAUGAUUCGUUAAUGCGACAAGUUCUUGCAAUGUCACAAAUAGAAUAUGUUGAAACAUUAAAAAAAGAACGAGAACAACAAUCAUCAACUUCCGACGAUCCCAAUCAACCAUCAUCAUCAUCAGACACACAUUUUGUAUAG